AUGAACGGCACUCAACAGACCCAAGACGCUGUCGCACAAGAGCCAUUGCAGCCAGCAGCCGCCAAUGCUAAUGCUGCUGCGAACGCCAAUGGUUCGUCGACGGCGGCUAAGAAGCGCAAGAAGGAGAGCCUGAAGCCCAUUAUUACCACCGAGACACCACCCGCCGCGCCCGGUGCCGCACGUUCUUCCCUGCGCUCCAUCCGUAUGGCGGGGCGAAGCCCUGUCCAAGUCCAAUUCAGUCCAGUCCAGUCCGGUUCAGUUCAGUUCAUAUCCAGUUCAGUUCGGCCCAGUCCGAUUUGGCACACGGCACAGCGAAAGCAUAGGGCAGUGUCCAGUCAAUGUGCCCAGCACCGCGCCGCGCAGUUUGUCUCACACCCGGGCAUCUGGACAUAUGCAGAGCAACGGACCGCCUUCGAAAGAUGCUGCGACAGCACUGUCAAAGACGUGGAAGAAGAGCACGAUGAGACGACAGACAACGAAUAG